AUACCUGUUGAUCUGCUUCAUAACUAUUUUAAUGUACUGUUUGAUACCAGCGAUUUCAAAGGCUGACUUACCAGUGAAGUUUUCUUAUUACCUAGGAGAAUUCAAACCAGCAAUGUAUGCAUUUCAAGUAAUGGGGUUGAUCAGCGCGUCGACAAAUAACUCUUGUUUGGACAUGAUGGCAAUGAGUUUGAUGGGAAUAUGUGCUGCUCAGAUUGAGGUACUCAACAGAACAAUCAUCAGUUUGAAUGAUUGUGAUGAAUCUGGAAUGUAUAGAUCAGAUCAGGUCAACAGGGGGCUGAAAAACUGUGUGAAACAUCAUGUAAAAAUAAUAAGAUUCCACGAAAUUUUGGAGAAAGUAUUUUCUAUGAUAAUAUUGAUGCAGUACGCUACAAGUGCAGCCGUUAUUUGUAACAUUGGGUUCCAAUUAGUACACGUUGAUCCUAUGAGUAUGCAGCUUAUACCUAUACUAGUUUACUUCAUUGCAAUGAUGAUCCAACUAGCAAUAUAUUGUUGGUUUGGAAAUGAAAUAAUAGUUAAG